AUGAUUCCCAAUAUUACUUCGGACCAGACAAUGCAUUCCAUCUCAACACCUCCUGAAUCAAUGAAACAACCCAGUGAUGAAGAAAUCAUGUUGUGUUCAUCUUCUUCUUCUUCUGCAUUAAAUUCUUCUCCCAACAACAACAACAACAAGACUCAUUUCCUUCAUCCCAAAGAAGACUCCCAACAACAACAAGUAUUACACGUUCAUACUCCUCCUUCUCAUCGUUCCACAGCAAGGGGUCGCUCCUCAUCCAGCACUACGACAGCAACGACACCAACCUCCUCAUCAGGAAACUAUGCAACCACGAAACGUUCAAGCCUUCAUCGAUCUCGUCCCUUCUCCAAAGAUUCCAUCACGUAUAGAGUCUUGCAAGACCUUGCCGCAACUACGAUUUGUGAUCAUCAUCAUGAUGGUGAUACUUUCUACCUUCCGAACGGAAUUCAAAAGAAUGAUACCUGUCUGUUUGAAAACAACAACAACCAUGAGAUGGAUGUGGCUCUUGGAAAUCAUUCGUCCACUGUUCUCGAGAAUGAAACCAUGAUGCAAAAGUGGGUCAAACAAAAGAUAACACUCAUUCAUACGAUUCAUGACAAUGUCGUGGGUGCAGAGGCUGUAUUCAAAACUCCAUUUUCAACCAAUCGGUUUAUUCCUAUUACUUACUGUGAUUAUAUUGCUUCUGGAAAACCUUUGAAAUUUAUUGAAGAUUAUUUGUUUGAACAAGUGUUACCGACCUAUGCCAAUACUCAUACGACUACUUCGUUUACAGGUUAUCAAACCACACAUUUCAGAGAGGAGGCAAGAGAAAUUAUUGCAAAGUGUGUGAAUGCAAGAUUAGCAAAAUCAUGCAACAAGAAUGAUAAUAAUUGUAUCAGUUGCUCCAAUACUGCUUCCAAAAACACAGAUGGAGAUUGUGAUGUUGUUCUGUUUGUAGGCAGUGGCUCCACCAGUGCAGUGAAUACUUUGGUGCAUUGUAUUGGAAUAAGGGAAAGAGUAUUACUGGCUCGUUCUCGAUCUGAACUGCCUGUGGUUUUUAUUUCUUCCUAUGAACAUCAUUCAAACAUUCUCCCUUGGAGAGAGUCUGGAGCUAUUGUUAUUCAGAUUGCUGAGGAUCGAUAUGGUAAUCAGCAUGGAGCCUUUUGCUUUUUCGAUUAUGCUGCUUCAGCUCCUUAUGUCCCAUUAGAUAUGAAUCCAACAAAUGAUCCUCUCCUUCAUAAGGAUGCAAUUUUCAUUAGCCCACAUAAAUUUGUGGGUGGUCCUGGAACUCCUGGAAUUUUAAUCGCUAAAAGAAAGCUCUUUAUGAAUGCUGUUCCAACACGUCCUGGUGGAGGAACUGUCAAUUUUGUGGAUGAUAGAAAUCAUAGUUACACAGCAAAGAUUGAAGAACGAGAGGAGGGAGGAACACCCGAUAUUAUUGGCUCCAUUCGAUGUGCAUUAAUUUUCAAACUAAAAGAAGCAGUAGGACCCUCUCUCAUUGGCAAAUUGGAAGACGCUUACCGAGAUAGAGCUUUAGAAUUUUGGUCUAAAAAUCCAAAUUUAAUUCUUCUUGGUCCAGGAAAAGAAUGUAUCGCAAAAGGAUUGAAAAAAUUAGCUUUUUUCUCAUUUCUCGUGAAACAUGGAGACGGUUUCUUGCACCACUCAUUUGUGAGCUUAUUGUUAAAUGAUUUAUUUGGUAUCCAAACAAGAGGAGGUUGUAGUUGUGCUGGUCCUUUAGGAAUUGAGUUAUUGGGAAUUUCACAUGAAACAGCUCUAGAAUUCGAGGAGGCACUUCUUGAAUCCUAUUCAUCUCCCAUUUCUUUGACACACCUAAAACCAGGUUGGACUCGGUUAAAUUUGAAUUAUUUCUUUGAUGAUGAAACUGUUGACUUUGUGUUGAAAGCAGUCGAUUUUGUCGCUACUCAUGGAUGGAAAUUUUUACCAUACUAUGUUUUUAAUGAAUCAAGCAAUGAGUGGAUGCAUAGAAGGUUUGAUGUUGGCUCAUCUAAUCCCAAUUUGAACCGACCAAGCAAUAAGAUUUCUUCUAUUCAUGAAAACUUUACUGACUUUUUGGAACAACAUCGAAAAAGAAUAUCAGACAUUACAUUUGAGAAUGGACGUCUUGAGUUUUUGGACAAUUCUAGUGAGUUGCACGAUAUGGAACCAAAUACCAUACAUAGUUAUUCUGCAAUUUUACAAGAUGCAGAAGAAUUAUUGCAGCAAUCGGUGAAACUAUUCACAUCCGAAGAUGGAAUCAAAUUGGAUUACAAGCAAGAAAUUACACGACUCUUUGGAGAUGAUGACAAGUAUGGAUUAGAACGAAAGUAUGGCCAUUUGCGAUGGUACUUGUUGCCAAGUGAAGCUUUAAUGGAAUUAAGAGGUCAAGAAUCUCCUAGAAAAGAGAAGAAAAUCUUUGUGAUGCCUAAAGUUUAUCCAACCUCGGAAGAGUAUGUGAACGAGAAGCUUCAUUGUUCACCACCAACCUACAUUUCAACAAUGAACAGUAUGCCAAGUUGUUGUUGUCCUUUCGUUGGUUGUGUGUGGUGGGUUUUGGGGCUCAGUGCUGUGGCUGUUGGUAGUGCUGUUCAUUGUUUCAGAACCAGAAAACAAUAA